AUGAAAUAUUUUCUUUAUUUCUUAUUUGCUCUCUUUGUCGUUCCCUGCAGCAUUGCCUCGACGAUUGGCAAUCAAUAUGAAUGUGAAACGGAGAAAGAUUGUAAAGAUGCAGGCUUGCAGCACUGUGUUCGACCUGAUCCAACCCAAAAAGGACACUGCACGGUCAUUGAACGUCGUCUAAAAGAAUUUCCCAUUUUU